AUGAAAAAAUUACAAAACGUAUUUGCAGCAAUAAAAACAGGCUUAUUAGCAAAAGCGACAAGUGUAACCGUUAUAGGAUCAAAACGUGUAUUUGAAAUAUUAUCAAGAUUUGAAAAUGAAGGGCUAAUUAGAGGAUUUCAAAUAAUAGAUAUAAGUAAAAAUAAAGUAAGUAUAUAUUUAAAAUAUAAACAAGAUAUGACAAGUUUAUUAUCAAAAAUUAAAGUAGUAUCUGUAAAUAAAGAAAAAUUAUAUAUAAAAGGAAAAUUAUUGAAAAAAUUAAACACUGGAGUAAAUAUGUAUUUUGUAGAAAGUAAAUUUGGUUUACAAACAUUACCUCAAUUAAAAAUAAGAAAUAAAAGGUUAUAUGCGCCAUUAGGAGGUGAAAUAAAAUAUAUAGUUGAAAUAAAUAAAGUAAAUCCAAAAAUACAAGAACUAAUAAAAAAAAAACAUGAAAUAUAG